GGAGGAGGAAGCUCCUCCUGUACCAGUUGUGGCCGGAGAGGGCACACGUCUGGUCGGUGCUGGAGGAAUUCAUCUGGGAAUCAUGAGGGCAGGCAGAAUACUCAUCGGUCACCCCAGGCCGGUGGUAGCUGGUCCCAUGCAGGAAAAUGAGGUACCGGAGGUUCCUCCACCCCCUCUGGACAUCGAGGGGUCCCCGGCGUACAAGAUACGAGCUAUUCUGGACUCGAGACGCCGGGUGAGAGGCUUGCAGUACCUUGUCGACUGGGAGGGGUACGGUCCGGAGGAGAGGUGCUGGGUUCCGGCGAGGGAUAUUCUAGACCCAUCCAUGUUGAGUGAAUUCCAUCGCCUCCGUCCGGAUCGCCCAGCGCCUCGGCCUCCGGGUCGUCCCCGAGGCCGACGUCGGCGCGCUGCGGGAGCUGCGCGUCAGGAGGGGGGUACUGUCACGAAUAUUACCGAAGGUGACUCCCCUUCUUGUUCGGGUGGCGCUCGGCGGUCGUCGUCGCCGGUCUACUAGCUAUCGCCGAUCCGUUGUUCUGUGUUCGUUUAGUUUUGUCUAAUUGGUAGCACCUGUUUCUAGUUUGGUUGUUAGGAUAGGGUGUAUAUAUAGUCUGUUUAGCCCGCUUCUGUUUCGUGCGGGCUUGUUCGUCUGUUAUGUUGGUUGAGUGUAUUUUGUUGCAUUUUGGGUUUCACGCUGUCCGUUUAUAUUUCUGUUCAUUUGUGUUUUCACUUUGUACAUGUUGUGUUUCCGGGACAUUAAAGCGUGUUGUUUUGCCCACA